AUGGGUCCAUCCAGGAAUAGCGGCAGUAGGCCCAAGAAGAGGACCUUGAUCCGCUGGGACGACGACCUGAACGAGCUUCUCCUCUUGACCGUGCAAUCCGUUUGCAAUGCCCAGGCUAUCAGAAUCCCAUGGGCUGAUGUCGCCCGUACGAUGGGACACAAUGCGUCAGAGGGGGCGAUAGUACAGCAUCUUGCGAAACUCCGGACUAGGCGUGCCGAUGCAGGUAAAGAAGUUCCUCCGCCCCUUCGCCGCAGUGCUGCCGUAACCUCGAGUGCAUCGUCUGCGUUGUCUUCCAGAGGAAACACCAUCUCUAAAAGCCGUGAGACAUCUAAAUCCAAGCCAACUAGACAGAGUGACAUGAUUCACCCAGACCCUGACCGUGAAGGUGAAGCCGCGAUGAACUAUGACUGUGAUCGUUCAUCUGAUGAUGACUAUGGCAAGACAAGCCGCAAGAGGGCAUCUAAGCGUAAGAGGACCAUGAGCACGACCGAGAAAUUGAGCUUCAAGCACAACCCUGAGGAUACCCAUGUGAAGCACGAGUCCGACACCGAUGGAUUCGCCACUGACGGCGACGAAGGUAGCCCCGACAAACUCUUGGUCCCAGGAGCCAGUUUUCUCAAGUAUCCGAACGACAAGAAAGCACCUUCACUCCCAUCUUCCCCUGGACCAGCCAAGAGUUGCAAAGUCAUUGUACUCAAGUACAAGGCUCGUGAGCAAGGCCCUGGAAGAGAACGGGGUGAGGCUGCUGCACAGUAUCGCAAUACUUUUGAUAAUGAUCCUGAAGGACACCAAGAAGAAUCAUUUUUCAAUUUACUCUGCGAUGACCUCUAUCAGGACAAUUCCAAUCUUGACUUUGUCAACCCCAUCGACACUCAGGGUUUGACCGCAAGCAACGAAGCUGCUGCGAGCCAGACUGGAUAUUCAAUGCAGAUCGACCCACUCGACCAAAAUGCAGUUUCUUUGGGCGGCAUGGCUUUCCAAAGCUUCUUGCCCGAUGUACAUCCCCAAUUCCAGAAUCACAUGUAUCCUAGCCAGUUCAGUGGAAUAUUCUGCCCCGGACUGUUAGGACCAGGUGACACGUCUUUCACCGGCAACUAUUCCAGUGGCCCCCGAUAUCAUCUUGGUGAGAAUAUUGGCAUGAAUGAAGGCUUCUAAAUGGUAAACUGGCACCAGUGAAGGAAUUUCAAACUAACAUGCUUGUCAACGUGACGCCUAGGAGUUCUAUGGCAAUCAUGAUUUUCUUCCGUGCUGCGCCAUGGGGCUCAUUCGAACUUUUGUGUCGUUCAUUUUGGCGUUGGUGGGAUACUCCUUUCAUACGCUGCUUCUAAGUGCACUGGCAGUGAGGGCUGAUCGAUUUGGUUGACUGUCAUUCGAUCUACCAAAGUAUUUCAAAGAUACUAUCUGCACAAGGAGUUUGAUGGGAUGAUUUAACAACUUUCUUAUUCUCGUUUCCUUCCUUUUUUUGACACUAGCUUCUGCGGUUCUUGGGUUGGUCGUUGGUGUUUUCUGCUAUGGUUUUCGGUGUAAACUCAGGGAAUCAUUCCCAGGCUCAUCUGAAAGGUAGAUGAUAGUAAUUCCAGGAUAGUCACGGUACAGCCUCAUCUGCCACUGCCAUACGUCCAUCCGGAAGCAAUGGAAGUAAUAAUAAGAACCUGAAGGAAAAGCUCCCUUUCUCCCGAAGCGCAGCUUGCCA